AUGAAGAUCGCAAACUUUGUGGCAACCGCACUACUUGUCACCACUGCUUCGGCAUUCACACCUCCCCAGCAACAGCCUUUGGAGAGGACUUCUUUGGCCUUGAACGCCAAGAAAGUUAGCUUCAAGGAAGAUUCCCGACGUGCCCUCGUGGCAGGUAUCAACAAAGUCGCGAAUGCUGUCAAGGUUACGCUAGGACCAAAGGGAAGAAAUGUUGUUUUGGAACGUGAAUAUGGUGCUCCCGAGAUUGUCAAUGAUGGUGUCACCAUCGCCCGUGAAAUUGAUUUGCGCGAUCCCGAAGAGAAUGUGGGCGCUCGUCUGAUCCAAGAAGUCGCUGCCAAGAGUGACUCCAAGGCUGGAGAUGGUACCACCACUUCUACCAUCAUGACACAGGCUAUCACCAAUCUGGGUAUGCGGUCCGUCACUUCAGGACUUAACCCUGUCGCCAUAAACCGUGGACUUCGUAAGGCUUCCAACAUGGUUUCCGAAAGGAUUAAGGAGCUUGCCAUUCCCGUCACUGGCAUUGACGAUCUUCGCAACGUCGCCACGAUUGCCUCUGGAUCCGUGGACAUGGGACGCAUCAUCGCCCAAGCUGCCGAUAAGGUCGGAGACACCGGAUCCACAGUUGUGGAAGAAUCUCAAACUCUUUUCGAUGAAAUUGAAUUCACUGAGGGCUUGACCAUUGAUCGUGGUUACAUCUCACCCUACUUUGUCAAGGACCAAGAACGUCAAAUUGCGGAACUUGUCAACCCAAAGGUGUUGGUGACUGACGCCAAGAUUGAUGAUGUCAACGAGAUUGUCCCACUCCUGGAACAACUUGUCAAGUCCAAGGAUCCUCUUCUCAUCAUUGCCGAAGACGUCACUGGUGAAGCUCUUUCCGCUCUUGUUGUCAACAAGAUGCGUGGAGUUCUUGAUGUUGUUGCCAUCAAGGCCCCCGGUUUCGGAAACAGACGUCGGGAAUACACCCAAGAUAUUGCCAUUGCCACCGGUGCUUCCUUCGUCGCCGAGGAGUUGGGUAUCACUCUCGACUCUGUCACUUUGGACAUGCUUGGAACUGCUGACCGAAUUGUCAUUGCCAAGGAAAUGACCACCAUUGUUACUGACGGCAAGCAACAACAGGCCAUUGACUCUCGAAUCGUCCAACUCCGGAAUCAAGCCGACGAAGCUGACACUGAUUUCGAUAAGGAUAAAUGCCUAGAGCGUAUUGCCGCCUUGGGUGGAGGUAUUGCCAGAAUCAAGGUUGGAGCCGCAACCGAGACUGAAUUGAAGGAUAAGAAGCUCAGAUACGAGGAUGCACUCAACUCUGUUGACAGCGCCCGAGAGCUCGGAAUCGUUCCAGGUGGAGGUGCUUGCUUGGCUUACAUUCAAGCCACUUAUCUUGACGAGGUUUUGGCCGCCAUGGACGGAGAGGAUGAGAGGCAAGGAGCAGCAAUUCUUUUCAAAGCAAUGGCAGCUCCAAUCAUGCAAGUUGCUGCCAAUGCUGGUGUUGAGGGUGCUGUCGUUUUGGCCAAGACCCAAGCCCUUUGUGAAGAGCAUGGAUUCGGAUGGGGAUGGGAUGCUGGUACCAUGGAAUACUGUGACUUGAUGGAGCGAGGUAUUCUUGAUCCAGCCAAGGUCACAAUCAAUGCCAUUGAUAACUCUGCUUCCGUUGCAGGUCUUGUUCUAACAACAGAAUGCUUGGUCACAGAAAUCAAGGUCGAGAUGACAGAAGAACAAAAACAAGCAAUGUUCGAUCAACAAAACAUGGCCGCCGGUAUGGGACCAGGAAUGACACAAAUGUAA